AUGUCUGCCUCCGACAAGAAGGACUCCAAGAUCUGGGUGCAGUCCAACGACAACAUCACCAUCCCAGUUGAUCGUUCGGUCGCGGAGCGCUCUAUGCUCCUCAAGAACAUGCUCGAGGACGUUGGCGACGAAGCCAUCAGCCAGACGAACCCCAUCCCCAUUCCCAACGUCAACGAGGCCGUUCUUCGCAAGGUCAUCGAGUGGUGCGAGCAUCACCGCCUCGAUCCCGUCCAGGCUCAGGACGAGGAGAACGACGCCCGCAAGAAGACUACCGAGAUCGAAGAGUGGGACCAGAAGUUCAUGCAGGUCGACCAGGAGAUGCUCUUCGAGAUCAUCCUCGCCUCCAACUACCUCGACAUCAAGCCCCUUCUUGACGUCGGUUGCAAGACUGUCGCCAACAUGAUCAAGGGCAAGUCUCCGGAGGAGAUCCGCAAGACGUUCAACAUCACCAACGACUUCACGCCCGAGGAGGAGGAGCAGAUCCGCCGCGAGAACGAGUGGGCCGAGGACCGUUAA